UAGAGAGAGAGAGAGAGAGAGAGAGAGAGAGAGAGGUUUAUGUGGAGCGUGCCUUACGUAAGUCAAACAACAAACAGCUGUGGAAGUGAAGUCUCCUGCCCGUGAGCGGGAAUAACGCCAUCUCCAUUUGAAAACCCACAUCCCCAAAUUCUCUCCUUUGAUAUAGAGUCAUAGACUUUUUGUCUCUAUUUCUUUUUGAAUAGAAGAAAUGUUAAUUAUACCAAUGUCACUCCAUUUGGGCAUUCUUUCUCCAUAUAAACUCCAACAAUCAUAGAUUUCUGAAUUCCUAUUAUACUUGUUCUGACAUUCUCUAGAUUCCACUGCAGAUUAUUGCUUUUUGUAUACUCUGUAGUUGUUUGUUUCUAUGCACUACUGCCUAUUAAUUAUCCUCCUUUUCAACCAAGGUUCGAUCUUCUCCACAAACCAAGGUAUCCUAUGCCCUCUCUCUCUCUCUCGAUGUUUUGUUUUUCUUGUAAUCCUUUCAAUGUUUUGCAUUUUUGGGUCUCGUUUUAUGAUACAUAUUUUGCUCAAACUUCGUGAGAUAUUUUGUAAUUGCCAUGGCAAUUUUCUUAACUACCAACAUUUUACUCUCUCUCUCUCUCUCUCUCUCUCUCUCUCUGUGUGGGUAGUCAUGGGGAUUUGAGAGGUAGCCAUCAGAUGGGUUGUUGGGGAAUUUUCUGACGCAGGGAAAUUCAAAAUUGAUUGCUAAAUUCAAAACAAUCUCAAUUUAGCUUUUGACAUUUUUGCUUUUCUAUAACUUACUUUUUAGGGCCUUUCAAAAAGGCUAAACUUUCCCUUGGAGGUUGGAUACUUUGUUGGGGAGUGAAUUCCAAGCAAAGCUUAAAAAUCACCACCUCCUCAUUUUCAUCAGCAAGCCCCAAAUUACUUUUUUUGGACUCCGGUAGUACAGCCGAGACAGCAACAGGUUCUCUUCCCCUGAGGGGAUGGAGCGACAGAAGUAUUGAGAAUUCAAGAUUUGGAAGUCACGGCGAGACAAACCGGUUAUCAUUAGGAUAGGUGUCAAGUGGAAGGUGGGGCAGUACCAAGCUGAGGAAUCCUAACAGACAGGGGAUGACAGUUAUUCCUUCCGAAUCUAUUAAAUCAGAUCAAGUCAUGCAUCCCACUUUUCUCUUUUAGAUUGUCAAACUUUAAAUAGGUUCUAUUAUGUGAAUUCGUAUUAUGAAUUUCCAGAAUCUGGGUAACUUUUCUUUACAAAUGUGUUUAGUGUGGCUAGUGGCAUCUUUGGAGAUGAUGGGUAGAAACUGAUCAAAUCGAGUCGGGGAUGGACCGGAGGAGUUGGUUGUGGCGGAGGAAGUCUUCCGAGAAGAUCCCUGGUGGCGGUGAAACCGAAAGCUCAGGAUCAUUAUCUUCUCAUUCCGAGAGAUUCUCUGAUGAUCAGGUCUGUUCAAACCAUAAUACCCAAUCUCCAGAAGUCACAUCUAAAGCUUCACCAAGUUACAAAGAACUUGAUGAAAGUGUGAAGAGUCUAACAGAGAAGCUCUCAGCUGCUCUUCUCAACAUAAAGGUGAAGGAAGACUUGGUAAAGCAGCAUGAAAAAGUUGCAGAGGAAGCCAUAUCAGGAUGGGAGAAGGCUGAAAGUGAAGCAGUGGUUUUCAAGCAACAACUUGAGGAUGCAACUAAAAGGAAUUCAGCCCUUGAAGAUCGAAUUCUCCAUCUCAAUGGAGCUCUCAAGGAGUGUGUUAGACAACUUCGACUAGUUAGAGAAGAACAUGACCAAAAACUGAAUGAUGUGAUUGCCAAGAAAACUCAUGAAUGGGAAUCUACGAAGUCUGAACAAGAGAGCCAAGCAUCUACGAAGUCUGAACAAGAGAGCCAAGCUUUUACAUCUAAACUCAUGGCCACGGAGAAAAAACUCAUGGCCACAGAGAAAAGACUUGAGGCCGCAGAAAAAGAAAAUUCAGUUCUCAAGCUUGAGCUUCUUUCUAGGGAUGAGGAGAUAGAGAUUAGGAUUAUUGAGAGGGAUUUGAGCACCCAAGCUGCUGAAAUGGCUAGCAAACAGCAUCUGGAGAGCAUAAAGAAGGUGGCUCGGCUUGAAGCAGAGUGCCGCAGGUUAAAGGCCAUGGCACGAAAACCAUCAAACGAUAAUAAGUCUGUUACUGCCUCCUCGAUUUACGUUGAAUCCUUCACAGAUAGCCAAUCAGAUAGUGGGGAGAGGCUACUGCUGCUUGAAAGCGACAAUCACAAGAUGGAUGGUUCAGAGCCAAAUGAGUGUAUGAAGGCCCUUGGAAGAAACCUUAUGGUCCCUUCGGUUGAUAUUCUGAUGGAAGAUUUCCUUGAGAUGGAAAGAAUUGCAGCAUUGCCUCAUAUAGGAAAUGGACCUUUAUCAGAUCAACCCCAUGAGGAGGAAAGCCCUUUAAAAGCAGAUCUCGAAGUGAUGAUUUAUCGGACAGCUGAACUAGAGGAGAAGCUAGAGAAGGUGGAAAUGGAGAAAGUGGAAUUGGAGAUGGACUUAAGUGUGUGCCGAGAUCAGGUUAAGAAAUCAAAUGAUCGGAGAAUAGAAGUAGAGGCGAAGUUGGUGGAGCUUCGGACUCAGUUAUCUCGGGAAAGGGAUGCAAGACUUGCAUCUGAGGCAAAGAUUGAGGCUACCAGUGCAAGGAGAGAAUGGACAGAGUCACAACUAGGAGAAACUGAAGCUGAGAUGAAAACCUUGCUUUCAAAAGUUGGUUAUUUGGAAGAAGAGGUUGAAAAGGAGCGGGCUUUAUCAGGGGAAGCGGUGGUCCAGUGUCGAAAAAUGGAAGACGAGAUUUUGAGGAUGAAACAUGAAGUUGAGCUCCUGAAUUCAGCAAGGUUGAAUGGAGAUUUGAAAUUGAAGAAGGAGAAGGAACUAUCAGUGGCUGCUGGUAAACUUUCAGAGUGCCAGAAAACAAUUGCCUCUCUUGGAAAGCAGUUGAAAUCCCUAGCAACGUUGGAAGACUUCCGAAUUGACUCGGAAGAAAACAUUGGAGCUGCCUAAGGAAAGACCGCGAUUUCCUGGAUAUGGUUCUGAAUCAUGGAUAUACCACUUCCUGAUUCUGAUGAAUUCUAUUCCCAAAAAACAAUCCAUUAGAACAUACUCGUCCAAUAGAAGUACGCGACAAGAGCCUCUUAUUUCCAUCCUCACUGCCUUGGCCUAGGGUAUGCCGAUUGUGUCCUGUAUUUAUUCAGCUCUUUUUUUUUUUACCCCUCGCUUAUUUACCAUUUUAUACACCUUGUUUCUAAAUGAAGAAACACAGCAGAGAGUGAAAUUAAAUCAGUCAGAAUAUAUAUAGGAGCCAAAAUACCGUUUGGGAGUAUAUCAGGGUUGUAUAUCAGAAAGUUUUGGUUUCUUUGUUCUAGUAAUGACAGAUUGGUGAUUGUAAGAAAA